AUGAGCGCAGCCCCGGGCACCUCCUGCGCCCCUGAGACGCUGCUCCGCUUCCCCGACGGGGCGGGCGCGCCGGGCGGGGGUCGGACGGCGGUGGGGCGGAGGGGCUGCGGCCCGGGGCCCUGUCCCUGCCCGGGGGGGCCGCGGAAGCGGCGGCGGACCACCUUCAGCCGGGGGCAGCUGUCGGAGCUGGAGCGGGCCUUCGCCGCUGUGCCCUACCCAGACAUCGCCACCCGGGAGCGCCUGGCCGAGCUCACCCAGCUGCCCGAGGCCAAGAUCCAGGUCUGGUUCCAGAACCGCCGCGCCCGCAGGAUCCGCAGCACCAAAACGGAGCCGCCGCCGCCGCCGCCACCACCGCUGCCACCACCCGGGGAUCGGGGGCCCCCCGCAGCACCCCGCGACGGCACCAGCCCGGGUCCGGCCCCUGCCCUACCUCCACCGGGAACCCGCAGCCCCGCUUGGGGCCUUCCCACUUCUCUGGGCUCCAUCUCUGACCUCAUCUACAGCGCGGCCAUCACCAACCUGGGCGAACCAUAG